AUUGAUAAAGAUGCUCUCGGGCCCAUGAUGCUGGAGGCCCUGGACGGCUUCUUCUUUGUGGUCAACAUGGAGGGCAACAUAGUCUUCGUGUCGGAGAACGUCAGCCAGUAUCUGCGCUACCAGCAGGAGGAACUGAUGAACACCAGCGUGUACAGCGUGCUGCAUGUCGGAGAUCACACAGAGUUCAUCAAGAACCUCCUGCCCAAAAGCCUGGUCAAUCAUCGGACCAGCGAUUCGUCCAGCAGGAACAGCCACACCUUCAACUGUCGGAUGUUGGUGAAUCCUCACGUGGACGGUGAAGCGCGGCCGGUCGCCGACCAGCAGGAAACGUCGCAGCAGAAGUACGAAACCAUGCAGUGUUUCGCCGUCUCCGAACCCAAAUCUAUAAAGGAAGAGGGGGAAGAUUUCCAGUCGUGUCUCAUCUGUGUGGCACGAAGAGUCCCGGUCAAAGAGAGACCGGUGAUGCCAGCGUAUGAGAGCUUCACCACGCGUCAGGACCUUCAAGGUAAGAUCACGUCUCUGGACACCAGUCUGCUGCGGGCGUCCAUGAAGCCGGGCUGGGAGGACCUGGUCCGCCGCUGCAUCCAGAGGUUUCACCUGCAGAACGAAGGGGAGAUGUCAUUCGCCAAGAAACAUCAGCAAGAGGUGUUGAGGAGCGGCCACGCACUCAGCCCUCUGUACAGAUUCUCCCUGUCUAACGGAACUAUUGUCUCGGCACACACGAAGAGCAAACUGGUCCGAUCUCCGGCCACCAACGAACCGCAGCUCUACAUGUCCCUGCACAUCCUGCAGAGGGAAACUGCAGGCAGCAUGACCCCAGACGUACCUGGCGGCCAGGGCAUCACCAAGCCAAUGACCCCGACUAGCAUGAGCGGUGCCUCCCCUUCCCCUGACGCCAGCGUCACCAGCAACACCCUCCACUCCUCCUCCACGGCCACCAGCACCCCUGGACGUGGUUUCGGGUGCCAGGGUUCCAUGUCGGGCCGGGCGACCACGCCUCAGGGAAACAGCCACGUACACAAGCUGGGCAGCCCCUCGUCCCAGGGGAGCCCCAGCGUCACCUCGAGGGGUCAGGGUGCCAUGUUAUCCCCCCGUCAUCGCCACAGCCCUGGUAUGGCAGCGGGUAGCCCUCACCUCCCCCAACACCCCUCCGGUUCUUUCUCUCCUGCCGCCGGCCUCCACUCGCCAGCGUCGGUGUGCAGCAGCACGGGAAACAGUCAGGGGUUCGGCAGCAACUCGCUCAGCGCACUGCAGGCUCUCAGCCAGGGCCACAGGGUCUCCCAGGGACUCACCGAGGGGCAGCACCCAGAGUCGCCUGACCGAAAACCAGAUGGCCUUCAGAGCCCUCUUCACGGCAGCGGCACUGGUAGCCAACUAGCCAAGGACAAUCCAAGUUUAGAAGCUGACUUGUUUGGGACUUUUGGGGAGCAGCAAGACUUGUUACCGUCCCAGAACCAGGAGGGGGAUCAGGGGCAGGGAAAAGACGGCGACCCCGACAGCUUUGGAGGUAAUGGAAGCCUUGGGGAGCUCGGCGAUGCCCCGAACCGCCUUCUUACCACCAAAGGGCAAACCAAGUUGCUCCAGCUCCUCACCACUAAGCUAGAACCCUCAGAUCCCUGCUCGCCACCUGGGUCCCUGGGGGACGAUCAGGAAUGUAAGGACCUGGCUGGGUUAGGGGGGGUAGGUGGGGCUGGUUUAGGAGCGGGGCCUAACAACCACUCCACCUCGUUAAAGGAGAAACAUAAAAUUCUCCACAGGUUGCUGCAGAACAGCACCUCACCUGUGGAGCUGGCCAAGCUAACAGCCGAAGCUACUGGAAAAGACCCCAUCGGUCCUGAAUCAGCCUCAGGGGACAACAUGGCCGCCAUGGGCGAACUGACUGCGAAACAGGAACCGGGGAGCCCGAAAAAGAAGGACAACGCGUUGCUUCGCUAUCUGUUGGAUAGGGAUGAUAACGGCAUCCUGGAUAAAGCCAUCAAAAUGGAACCGAGCGACGGACCGAAGCUGUCCAACAUCAAGACGGAGAAACAGGAUCCAGGUUUCAACAUGGCGGAGCAAUCCAGUGAGCUGGAGGACCUGCUGGAGGACCUGCAGAAUGGCGGCCAGCAGCAGCAGCUGUUCCCGGGCCAGCCGCAAUCCAGAGGUGCAGCUUCCUCUUCAUCCUCCUCUUCUGCACCGCCUGGCUCCUCUGUAGACAAACAGACUAUAAUCAGCGACAUCCUGCAGAUGACGGAAAGAGCAAGCAGCAGCCCUCCAAACCAGCACCAAGCUUACCCUCCCAUUGGCCCUGCAGCAGGCUUUAAUGGUGCCAGGCCCAACCAGCAGAUUCGAGCUGCUCCUCCAGUCAGGAGCAUGUCUCUGGACGGCAGUAUGGGCCCCAACCCCAACGCUGCCAGACCCUUCCCUCCUCAGCACAGGAACAACAGCCCUUACACUUUAAUGCAACAGCACCAAAGCAUGAUGGGAAAUCACGCGUGUAUGCCUAACCAGGCUGCAAUGGCCAACGCAGGCAUGAUGAGUACAGUUCGGGGCUCAAUGCAGCAGGGUUGGGGCCCCCAGGGGUCUAUGCAGGCCAAUCCGGCAGCCGUAAUGGGUCAGGGGGUCGGACCCGGUCGCAUGAUGCCCAACAUGAACGCUGCGCUUCCCAUGAGAGGCAACGGCCCGCCUGGAUCCAGAGCCAUGGUCAACAUGCAGAUGAUGGGCAACGAGAUGGAAAUGACAAACCCCACCUACCCUCAGCAGCACAUACCGCCCAAUCAGACGGCUCCAUGGCCAGACAGGAUGAUGAUGGAUCACUAUGGAAACCAAAACAGGCCGCCGUACGGAGUCCCACAAGAGGAAAGGAUGGGGUGCUGCAGCACGGGGCCCGAAGGCCCGCCGGAUGAAGGAUCCCUACUCAACCAGCUGUGUUCAAUGCUGAAGGACUACGAGGGUCUGGAGGAGAUCGACAAGAUGCUGGGAAUCCCCACUCUGGCUGGGCAGGGCCCAAUGUCAGACCAGGACCAGUACCUUGGCUCUGCAGACCCAGCAGCCGGUAUGAAACCUCCCCUGUACAGCCAACACUAUGCCACUCAGUCAGGCUACGGCGGCCUGCCUCCAGAUGGCGGGUUCCACGGACCCUCUAUGGGGGGCCAUAUGGGGCCGCAGAGGAUGCCACACGCUGGCUACCCACCAAUGAUGAGGAUGCCUGGAGGCUUAGGGCCCAGACCAGCCGGGAUGAGGCCAGGAGGGCCUAACCCUGUAGUGCCCCCCCAGCCUAACAACCUGAGGCUUCAGCUGCAGCACAGACUCCAGGCCCAGCUGAACCGUCAGCCAAUGGUGAACCAGAUGAGUGGAGUGUCCAAUAUGAAUCUACCUCUAAGGUCUAAUGUACCAAACCAGGGAACCCUCAACGCCCAAAUGCUGGCCCAACGUCAGCGAGAGUACCUCAGCAACCACCUACGCCAACGCCAACAACAGCAGCAGCAGCAGCAGCAACACGUGCAGCAGCAGCAACACGUGCACCAGCAGCGUGCCAUGAUGAUGCGGACGCAGGGCAUCAACAUGUCGCCUAACAUGCCCAGCGGGGGCGCCGCCCCUACGCCGAUGCCCAUGGGCGGCACCAACCCGCGUCUCCCCCAGGGCAACCCACAGCAGCAGCAGUUCUCCUACCCGGCCUCCAGCUACGGUACCGGCCUGCCCUCUCCUCCUCCACCUCCUCCUCCUCAUCCCGCCUCCUCCAGCCCCUUCUCCUCCCCUCUCUCCCCCAGCCAUCAUCUGGCUAGCCAGGGCAUGAUGGGAAAUGUAGGCGGGCAGUACAGCGGGGUAAUGAGUCCACCAUCACAGCACAGUGCCUUCCACUUCAGCAGCGCAGGAAUGAGCCAGCAGCAGCAGCAGCAACAGCAGCAGCAGCAGCAGCAACACCAGGAUCCAGUGUCAGGCUUCCCAUGUGGGGCCACGACCCCCCAGAGCCCCCUGCUGUCCCCCAGGAUGGGGCAGGGUCAGAGCCCCAUGCUGCAGCAGGGCCAGGGCCAACCCCAAUCCCAGCCCCAGGGCCCGAACCAGGGAGGGCCCCCCAGCUACCAGCCCAGCACAGAGCUCAACGGAUGGCCUCAACAAGCCAACAUCUCCACCAGCAGCAGUGUGUACCCCCAACAGUCCCAGUCCCAGUACCCCUCCCAACCCAACGCAGGGAUGUACAACAGCAACAACAACAUGAACAUGGGCCAUGGCUCCAUGGCGAACAAUGGAGGCAACAUGAACCAGAUGUCAGGACAGAGGAGCUCAAUGGCCUCCAUAAAUACAGAGCAGGUGAGUGAUGGCAGCCUUAUCCUGGAGCAGCUGGCAGGAAUUGACAUGAUGACACAAGAGGGCGAAGACAAUUCUAAUUUUUGCUGACGUCAGCUGCAGUUGAGACAAUGUUAAACAACAGGAGCCCACGCAAAAAUACUGACGCGUCCUCUCAGCUCAUCGGGAAGCGUCAGGGUGAAGAGGCGAUGGGGAGGUGGGGGACACGUGACGAUGAAGGCUCUGCUCCCUCCUCUACCACACCAGUCAACUCAGAGAAAAACUCAAAGGCGCUCGUCAUGAAGAGAGGAAAACCCGACACAUGUAAAAACCUUCUGAACUGCAUUCACAUUUUAUGCAAUUAUAGGGAAACUGCCGUCUGAACCACCAACAUGACAACUAAUGCACAACAGGAAGAAAGAAGUUUAAAAAAAAAAAAAGAAAAGAAGAAACUGAUUGCAGAUUAUACUGGAAACCUACUACUGGGACAUUUUAGUUUACUGUAUCUGAUGCUGUCGUUCUUAGUGACAGAAAUGUAUUAAUUAAUAUAAAAUAUGUUCUGCAGAAAUUCUCAAGUCAAACCUGGUAUAAAUCUACAUUCCCACAGCAUUAUUUUCAUACAGGCUUGUGUCAGUAUUAAAAUACACUGGUACACUCAAACAUAUACAUCAACAUCACUGGUAAAGGUUUAAUGGUAACCCACGUAGAAUCAAAUACAGUGACUAAAAAGGAUAUUAAAAAAAAGUAUUCUUGUGUAGCAUUUUGAUUUUUAUAUUAAUUGCAUAAUUUCACAAAUUAUGUCCUGUAGCUGGUCUGAAAUUCACACUGGAUUGUGUCAAGAGCUGUUAAUUUAUUAUGUGUUCUUGCUCCUUUUUUUUUUUUUUUUUUAAAUAAGAAAGUGAUGCUAAAAAGUUAAUAUAUUAAAACAUCAGAAUCAACAGGGGUGAGUGUAAAAUGUUUCUACUGUAUGUUUUGAAGACACAGAAUGAAGAAUUAUUUUAGCACCUUUCAGACAAUUACCAGGUUUAUGUAGUGUGUUUUUUCAUUUUUUUUCAUCACUAUAUAAAUCAUCCUGUUGCAGUAAAACCUAACCUGUCAUCGGUUACGAGUCUCAAGUUUUACAUACAUGCACCCAGUUAACGUGCUGUGGUCAGAUGAAUGUAUUACUAAAAGUUUUCCCACUGAAAACACACAACUUUAAUCCUCUCAACAGUGUAUAUUGUGAUAAUGAGAGUAAAUUUAUGUAUUGUGUGUGUGUGUGUGUGUGUGAGCGUGCGAGUGUGUGUGCGCGCGUGUGAAACUGAAACAAAUUAUGUCAAGAGUUGUUUCGACAUUUAGAGACGCUGAAAUUUGUUGACAAGCAUAAAUGAAAAUCUUUUUAUGGUUCUGUUUGAGAGCUUGACUGUCAAAUGAGAAGGUUUAUGAAAAUAUUUUAAAAGGUAUUUAUAGUUUUGAAAGAAGAAGUUUUAGAGAUUCUUUUUGUAUAACGCACGAAAAAGAAAAUUAAGUAUCUUUAAUCUCUCAAAAUGGUCGAUUUUUGACGUCGAUUUUGAAAAUAUAUCUCAACUGCUGUAGUAAAACAGGGGAGCUGUAUCCUAUUUAAUUUCUUUUUUUUGAAUGAAGGUGAAUGUGUAUAGAAAGUGUAAAUAUUUAGAUUUAUUAAACCUUUUUUUGUCUUUUUCCCCCUUAAGUGGUAUUGCAAAGCAGCAGUUUGGAGUUUUAGUCCAACAAACAUUUCUCUUAGAGAGCAGAAAAUAUCUCAUUGGUUGAAUUAAAUUUCAGUUGUUGGAGCUGAAAUAACUUUUUCAGAGCAGGAUUCAACUAAUUUAAAUUACUUAAAUGGCAAAAAAAACAAUUUAUGACCUUUGAAGAGCAGUCGGCCAACUAACUAGCUUUCCUCGCUAGAACUAGCUAUGCUAAAUAGCUAACCCAAUAUCAGUAAUGCUACACUUUAUAUUUCAUUUUCUAUCUUUACCUUUUGUUUUUAGCCACAUAAACCACAAAGCUUUAGCUAUGGUGAUAUUGGUUGAUCCACAACUUCUUCAAACAUCUGUACAACUUCUGUACGACUAAUGUAUUUCCAUUUAAUCUGGUAAAGAUAUUCACGUUCCUAACAAGAUGAUUUACAACAACUUUAAUGAUUCUGUGACUUUUUUCACCAUCAGUUUGUCUAUUACUUUGGUUUACGACCAAAAAACCUGCAAAACUAACGACAUUCCCAUCAGCCGUAACAAAUCUUAGCAUGCUAACAGGCUAAAAAUAGAUGGUGGCCAUUGUAAACAUUACUUUUCUAACAGUUAGCAUGUUAUUUAUGCAUGCCAUUACAUUAGCGUAUACCUGAAAGCAUCCCAGCCACCGUUAACUCUUAUUUUACUGAUUUAGUCCGAUCUAAUUUAGCCAAAACCUUCAUUUAGUGGCUCCACUCGCUGAGAUUUUAACCAAUGAGAUUAUUUCUGCCUCCGUAGCAGCUUUGCUUCUAAAUGAAUGUGAGUAUAAGUAAUAAAACUCCAUGCUACUGCGAUUCAUUUUUUAAAAAAUGACACUUUAAGGUUGUGACGUACUCGCCUGCAGGAGUAGUCUGCCUGUAACUCUGAUGUUACCGGCAUUAACCUGAAGCUUUACGGACAAUUCAACAGUACAUCGCUGUCAAAAAAAACAGUCUUGUGUCGGAGCUUGUGGUGUUUAAAUUGAUCUUUAAAUGAUUUGAGAGUUUCUAAAUACUCUCCUGGUGAUGAGUUCAAGGAUUUAGUCUGACCUGGUCCAUAAAAACAGAUUAUUAUACAGGUCAACUGAGCAGGAAACUCCAAACCUUUGAAUCCAAAGUUAUGUAGAUGUUGACAAACUGGACCUCUUCUAACAUUUUUUGGGAAUAAUUUCAUUGAAUCAAAAAUAUGAAAGGUGCUUUCGCUGUUUUAAUGUAGGUGCUUUUGUUUAAUGUAAGCUUUUUAAAAAAAUUCUGAACAAAAACUGACUGUAAAAAAACUGGCAAUGUGUGUUUUUUCAGGCCCCCCAACAUCAACCCCCCCCCCCCUUUUUCUCUGCUUCAGAUGGUCCGUAAAAAUGAGUAAUGUAAUGUACUGAACAUGUGGCAUUCCUUGUUGUAUGAAAAUGUAAACUGACUGCAAAAUGAAACACUGAAAUUCAAAUGUUUUUCUUUUAAAAUACUUAACAUAGAUCCUAACCCAGUGAACUUCAAGGAUUUUACUACUACUGUACAUUUCCCUUCAGUUUUUUUUUUACCCCCCAGCUCUCAGUGCAGUAUAUUAUACUCCACUAGAUGGCAGUAUAAUACGACAAAAACCUUUUUAAGAGAAAUUGUAAGCCAUGGAAAUUACUCUGAAUGUCAAAACUCUCUGCGAAGGUUUAACUAAAUCAAUCAAAAAAUGUUUUUAAGAUGAAAGUGAAUGAUUUCCUCGUGAUUUUUUUUUUUUUUGGACUAAUACAGCGUACGCAUACGAGUGUAAUGAAGAAUUUUUUCGUAAUUCAUAGAUGGAUAUUUUAUCACCUUUUAACAAAAAAAAAAAAUACUGUAAUUCAUUUAAGUACCUUAAGAUGCUAAAGACAUAGCAUAAUGCCUUAGAUCUAUGAUUCUCUGUCUGGUGUUUAACUGUAAUUGUUUACAGGUGUAUUAUAUGUGUCACAUACUGCUGAGUGAGUGUUUUUAGCCUUUCAUCAGUGUAGAAAUUAGACAAUUUUUUUUGUUUUGUUUUUUUUUCUCCCAAAAGUGGUGACUGUCUGUAUCAACUCAUGGAAAGUUCACAAUCAUACCGUGUUAGCAUUUGGUAAUCAAAGUGCAAAUGUAAUUGUAAGUACAGUGUAUUGAUGCACUUUUUUGUAAGUGCAAAAUGUAUGAGGGAGGCUCCCCCUCAACAGCGCAGUGUUUGGUUUUUAUUUUUCAAGGGGCAUUUAGGAGUCUGACCCCUGCUGGUGAUCAGUCGGAAUGACAACAACAUCACAGUGUGUCUCUAAGCUGCCGUUUGAGCUACCGUGGCCUGUCAAUGAGGUCAACAUACAUACAAAAAAACCACCAAUUUUUGAAAAUGUAAUGUUCAUAAAGUUAUAUUUUACUUCAUUUUUUUUAGAAAUAUGAAAAUAUAAAACCACUUUGAGAGGGGGGGUUCAUUUUAUCUGCAAGUGAAUUCCCAGUUUCAGUACCUACCACUAAAAUUAUAACACCUGUAAUUUGAGAAAUAUAGAUAUUUUUCUUCAAAUUUGUUUUUUUAAUACAAUUUAAUGAAGUUUCUCAGUGUUAAAUUAUAGCUGUAUGAGGACUUUGUGUAACUAAAAUAGCCUAAAAUUGGUAAUAUAGUGUUUUUUAAAAUCAGGAAUGGGGAGCUUGAUAGUUUUCGAUACUUGUUGCGACAGGCACGUUUUAGUUUAUUUGGUAUACUACAUAAAUAAACUGAGGUUUAAUACCCAGCCUAGUUAGAAGUAAAUAAAUAAACCAAUUAAUCUGAAUAGAGUGAAUGUAAAAUCCAGGAUGGCAUACACAGUAAUUUCAGCUUUUUUAAUUUAAACUUCACUUUAAUUAAUUGUUCGGAUAUCACUUUUUAAAACUGUCACAUUUUAUUUUUGUUUUUUUCUUAUUUAAAGCCACUAUGCUCAGUAUUUGUAUUUGAUCAUAGAGUCUUUAAAAUGAUAGAAAAUAUUUUCUUUUUUUUUCUUUUCAAAUUUAUGUAAUAGAAAACAUACCCAUUUUUAAAUUAAAAUAAUUUACGAAGUUAGAUUCACAGGAUAGGACCUUUUUAUGAAAUGUUUCUUUGUGAACUUUUCCUUAAGUGUUUUCACAUUACAAUGUUAAAUCAGAGCAAUAUGUCAAAGCAGAGGGGAGAGUGUCGGUGUUUGAAGAUCACUGUUUGCAGUUCAACAGAUUGUUUUCUCUUUUUUAAAAUAAUAAUAAUAAUAAUAAUAAUGAUAAUACUCCAUGCUGUGGUGUUCAUAUUAAAUAUCUCAGCGGUGACAAAAGUCCAGUACAUACAGGUUAUUCAGAGUGUGAGUGUUUUAUUAUGCAAAAGUCCGGACGUUCACACACUUUAUGCAAGCUGUCGACUCUAAUGUUGCUUUUGCCAAUGCUGCUUGUUAAUUUAUGAUUCAUGCCACUGUAAAUAAAUUAUUUUUAUUGAG